AAAAUGGAUGAUGACUUUGUGGCUUCCUCCACACCCCCGUUUCUCACGGAAAGCUUGGAGAUGGCAAUGGAAGUGGAGAAUGAGAACUCAAAGCCGCCUUGUUUUUCCUGUGCUUUUGACAACCAAAAUGGAGGGAGAAGCUUCUCUGCAGAGUCUUAUUUAGCAAGUGGAUCUCUUAAGAGGGCUUUGCUGAGACUAGAUCCUUCUCCAAAUGACUAUGAAGAUGAUGUAGUGGAAAUGUUUGGCUUUCAGUGGGUUACUGAAAUGGCGUUAGUUGAAUCCUGUGGAAUUCUCUUUGGAUUACUUAGGCAACAGAUAUACAGACUGGAAAACCUAGUACAAAUGAGUUCAUCUGAUUUUGGUCAAGCUGCAAACUUGCACUCUGAAGCAGAGAGCAUCAGGCAUCAAUGUAUUGAGUUUUUGCAUUAUGUGAAAGUUUUCAUCUUCAGGUAUGUGGAACCCCCUAGAGUGGAAAAUGAUGAAAUGCUCCAUCCAUAUGAAGAACUAGAAGCGCAGUUACCAUCAAUGUUGGUGGAAGAGCUUCAUGCUUUGACCAUGCAUAUUGGUCACAUUUAUGAACUCCCUAGUAGUGUCCUGGCAGCGUUUACUAUUCAACAUCAGGCAAAGGUCUUUCCCCCAUCAUGGCAUUUACUACACCUCCACUUGGAUAUUAAUUGGCUAGUAUUGGAAAUUCUUCAUGUACUAGGUGAAAAAAUGAUGAGACAAGUUGUAUAUGCUAACCGUUUCAUAAAUCUAACUGGAGAGAAUUUAACCAGUAUCAGUUUAUUUGAAACACACUGUGGAAAUCUCAUAUCUGAUUUAAUAAGCUUAUCAAUCAACAAGUAUAUAAAGGUGAGACCUUCUGAGGCUCUUACUAGUCACCAUUAUCCCUGUACCUGCAUUAAAGAAUUAUGGAUUCUACUUAUUCAGCUGCUUGACCACAGAAAUAAAGGGUCUCACACAGAGUGUUUCUGGAGCUUGGUGAACAAUACUCUCAAGAAUGUCUUUGAAAGGCCAAGUAGUUCUGAAAAGGUGUCUGGUUUUGAAACAAUUCAGUGUAAAGACCCAUUGAGUUUUAGCUGGUGGAUUAUUACUCAUCUGGCAUCACUCUACCAGUUUGACCGUAACGGAAAUCUAGAUGAAAAGAGGCAGAAGGAAUCCAAUUGGAAAUUUGUGGAAGAACUCCUUAAAAAAUCCACUGAUGCUCAAACUGGUGUGUUAGAGGAACACUUACGAAUGCAUCUUCAGUGCUGUUUGAGUUUGUGUAGUUUCUGGGACUUGAACCUAUCUAUUGUCACCAUACUCUGGGAUUAUUACAGCAAGAACCUGAACAGCUGCUUUACUGUUCCUUGGCUUGGUCUCAAGGGUCUGGCAAAUAUCAGUAAAACUUCUUUGUCAAUGCUUGAGUUGGUGAAAAGUUGCUGUUGUGAACAGCAGAUCCCCACCCUUUACAAGUCCAGCAACAGUUACUUCAUUUUUCUCAGCAUUUUGGCACGGAUGAUGAAAGAAGAGGCACAGAACAGUGAUGUGCAUCCUUGGAAACAAAUUAAAGGACGAAUUUAUUCCAAAUUCCAUCGGAGAAGAAUGCGGGAGCUGACAGAAGUGGGGCUGCAGAACUUUUUUAACCUGUUCCUCAUGCUGGCAAUUGUUGCAGAGACAGAAGAUAUAGUGAGUCGAGUGUUGGAUCUUCUGGAUUUCCUGACUCCAUCUUCCAUCACUGUGUCUCAGAGAGCUCUUAUCUGGAGAGGCCAUUUUGCUUUCCUUUUGAUUUACGUUGAGAAGAACAUGGACAUUAGUGUCCUAGCUGAGAAACUCUCAAAUUCUUUCCGUGAGAAGGCAAAGGAGUUUUUAGUAACCAAAAAUGACUACACACAGAAACAAAAUCUCUGGACUCUACUUUCAACCUACAUUGAUGGUGUCCAAGAAGUGUUUGAGACCAGCUGCUACUUGAGCCUUUCUGAGGAAAAGUUGCUAAAUGAUGGCUUUACUAUGCUGCUGCCUGCUUGUCGAGGAGCUGAACUGAGUAUGGUCCUAAAUUUUCUUCAGGUUGUUCUAGCCAGACUUCGGAGUGUGCACAAACGAGCGAACCAGGGACUUCAAGUAGGGAGCACGGCCCUAGAUGCCCAGCUUCCAUUAGUGGCUAAAGUGAAGAGCCAGAGAAUGUCACAGAUGCCACCUUCCCCACAGCUUGCUGAUACAGCUGCAGGUUUUACUCUCUUAGCUUUGGAUAUACCCAGCAAAGCCCUAUCAGAUCUUCAGCCACAGCCUGUUCUAUCAAUGAUGCAGCUGUUUGGAUGGGAUGACAUGGUGUGGCCUCAGCUGGUGUCAAGAUACCUAAGUCACCUAAUUCAAAACAGUGCACUGUGUGAAUCUUUUUCCAGUAUGGGUUAUACAUCCUAUGAAGCUUUGACAGUACGUUCUUGGUUUCGAUGCGUUUUGCAAAUGUUCAUAGAUCAACCGCCUGGUAUGCUGGCCAAGACAGAUGCUGAGCGAACAGUUGGGAAAGCCUAUAUGGACCAGCUGACUGAAAUGACAAGACUUAUUUUUAAACUCUCAGAAGUAGAAAACAUUCUUUCAAAGGCUCAUGUUGAAGAGUCACUUUUCAAGCAAGACCCUAAAAACGCUCUUGUCCAGUUCAUUAAGGCUGUUGGUAGAACUUACAGUGGCCUUCAGACGCUCCCUGAGAAAUCUGCUAUGGUAGCAAAGACUCUGGAGUAUUUAGGUGAUGUGCUAAAGUAUGUAAAACCUUAUCUGAAGGUAAAAGGACCUCCGGAAGGUCUGCAGCUUACAUAUUGGAUCAUAGGAUGUCUGGUAAAGUUCUGGGCACCAAUACUGGCUACUUCCAAAGCGCAACAACUCUUGUUCCGCAUUGUGGAUUGCUUACUGCUGCCACAUUCUGUGCUCCAGCAGGACAAAGAGCUGCCUGUGGCUUUGCUGUCUGCCAUUCAGGAAAGCCUACCUCUUUAUCUUCAGGGCCUGUCCUUUAUAUGUUGUCAGUCCCAAACCCAGGGGGCCUAUUUAAAUCAACUGCUUGGGAGCAUUAUUCAACAGUAUUUUGGACGAUUUCUGCCGCCUUCUCCGACUGCACUUGGAGCCGGACAGCAUCCUAUGCUGACUGCUUUAUGCAGUUCCAUUACAGCCCCCCAGAUGCUCCGUCUACGGAAGACCACUCUGCAUGUCAUAAAUGAAAACUUCAUGCAGUUCAAAGGUAACGCUCCACCUCCUCGCUUGGCCUCAGUUCUUGCUUUCAUUCUCGAAGUACUUCAGAGAACCCAGAGCGCUGGACUAUGUGACGUGGACUUAGUUCUCCCGGCCGUGUUGAAAUGCAUGGUGUUGGUUAAUGAGCUACAAGUUAAAAAAUUAUCUACAGACAUUGUACAGUCCAUGGUAGAAGGCUGCCAAGCAGGGUCAGGAGGAGAACGUGCCACCCAGCUGACUUCUGUGUUUAGGCAGUUUAUCCAGGAGUAUACUGCCGUGUAUGAUCACCGGGUUUUCAGCAUACUCGAAACAGUGGCAGUCUUGGAUCAGACGUUCGUUACCAGCCUGAUUCCCACAAUCACACAGUCUCUGAAGGAUUCAGAGCACAAACAAGGUCUUGGAAGAAAUGCUGCACAGAGAGAAGCCUAUAAAAGACUCUUAUCUCACCUCACAGAGGCUGGACAAGAAGAGAUACAAAAACUGGAACAUGAGACAGGUUAGCAGUGUGCUGGUGAUUAAUCAUUUCCUCUUGAGUGUUCCGACACUGCCAGUACUUAAAGCAAGCUGCACUCUACAACA